AUGCACACCACACCUAAUGAUCGAGACCCGCCUGUUACCACGGAAGAAACACCGAUACAAGAACGUUGGGAGCAGGACGUCGUAGAGCCGACAAGACGAUCGGACCGAAUGUCGUGGAUGCUUGUGAGCUCUGCAUUGGCUCUUGCCCACGAGCUCGGGGUGUUUGAUUCGAGAGAACAGUCUAGCAUUGCAAACGGCCCGGAUGUGGGGAAUUAUAUCAAGCACCUGGAAUUUAGACGCGAACGUCUUCCAGCGCUCUUGUUCAUUGUUUCGAGUCUCUUGGCCUCUCGAAUUGGUUGUCCACCGAUUAUGUCUGACACGUACAAGCCAAAGAACCUUAAUGAUAUUUUGUUGGUCGAUCCGCAAUGGACAAACUUCAUGGCCUCGUGGAUAUGUUUGACUGGCUUCGUCCGAGUAAUCGGGGAAAAGUUCUUUUUCGGAGCCAGGGAUAACGACCAUCGAAGUAUUGAUUUCAAAUCCUUGGAACAGUUCAAGGACCAGCUUGCUACGUGGAAUGGAAAUCAUCGUCAAACUGGAAAUUUUCACUAUGACGAUAUCCUACAUUUUGAGUACCAAUAUCUGAGAGUAUUUACCAACUCCCUUGGAGUACAAGGAAUUGUUGAACGGGUUCUAUCAGACACAAUGCCACAAAGAACUAUCGAUGGAACAUUCAUCUCACGAGCACGCCAAACUAAUAUCAGCAGAAAUGAGUACGACUUCCUUGAAGAAGUAAUCGAUGGUGCCUGUGCAAUCCUGUCACGGAUCGUCUCCCUUUCUCAAACGAAGUUACUCCAAUACUUUCCCAUCCGGAUCUUUUUACGCAUGGUCAGUUCCUCAGUCUUCCUCCUCAAGGCUCUCUCUUUGGGAGUGCGAACGACAAAACUGCAGGAAUCACUACGCCUGCUUGAUCAGGCCAUUACUGCCCUACAGUCGAACCAGCAAGAUGACAUUCAUCUUGUCUCGCAGUACGCAUCGCUACUACAAAUUCAUGUUUGUCGGCUGCGGCAGACAUUUGCCAAAUCGGGCCGAUUAGGAAACCAGAACAAUGAACCAAAUCAAGAAGAGGCCCCUGACAGUGGCAAACUGAGCCAGCUUAUUGCCGAAGAGACCCCCUGGGAUCCGGGCAUGAUCGACUGGGCCAACCAACUCGAUAAUCUCGGUGACUGGCUAUCACUCCCAUUGGAUCCACUGAUGGCACCAUUUGGAUCAUGGGAUGGCGUAUCUACGGACUUGGAUUCAGGAUAUCUAGACUUAGACUUUAUCUGGAAUCUACCACCUUGA